CAUUGACGUUGUUAUGUAAUUAAUUAUGGACGCUAAUAUACAUGUAAUAUUGAAAACAAUUAACACAACAUACUAUUUAUAGUCUACACAAGAUGAUGUAUGUUUCAUACAAUGAAAAUGCAUUGGACAACUAAGACUGUGUUUCUUGUUUUAUUUAUAUGUUCAGUAGACGGAAUUAAUGCCGCACCAUCUUCAAGCUGCUCUGAUAUUCGUGUAGUGGACCUAUCUCACGUGCAUGGACCAAAACCUCUGACGGCUCCAUUCUUUCCACCGUACAGUUUUGAAAUUGUAAAUAGAUCUAUCAGCGAGGCACUUGGCGGUAACUGGUUUGAGACUAACUAUAUUAGAACAUCUGAACACAGUGGAACUCACGUCGAUGCCCCUUCUCACUUCUACAGAAACAAAAAACGUAUGCACGAGAUUCCAUUAGACAAAUUAUAUGGACCAGGAGUUAUCAUAGAUAUCAGGAGACAGGUCUCGGGAAACGUGAAUUACAGAGUAAAAGUAUCGGACAUAAAACGAUGGGAAGCAACUCAUGGCCGAAUACCGAAAGGAGCAGUCGUUCUGUUUAAUUCCGGAUGGUCUAGUAGAUACCCAGAUCCAUUUAAAGUAUUCAAUACUCAAAACACUUCUGAUGUUUCUUCUUACGAGUUUCCAUCUUAUGAAUUCAAAGCAAUUACAUUUUUAGCGAAAUUUCGAUCUGUAAACAUCGUUGGAAGUGACACUCCGUCUAUUGGCGACUCACCACCGGGUAAAGUUGAUUUGUCCAAUUUCACAUUUCUAUUUCAAAGAAACAUACCUGUGGUACUGAAUGUUGCUAAUCUGGACAGACUACCACUUUCAGGAUCGACAAUAUUUGUUCCUGCUAUCAACAUAUAUGAUGGAAGUGGUGCUCCUGCCAGAAUUUUUGCAACAGUUCCAGCGUCCAAAAUGAUAAAGAAAUAUUAUGGUUAAACUUAUAAUAUUUCGUAUUGGUCUAUUGUAUUGUUAAUUACUGCUAUAUAUAAACAGUUCAAGCGUCACAAUGAAAAAAAAGAUAUUAGAUUAGACGUCAUGAUUAACAUUAAAAUUUGUAUCAUG